UCUCUCUUCGCCCCUCCUCUUCGCAGUCUCUCUUCACCAUCUCUUUUCCUGCCGACAUCUCUCUCACUCUUGUUUUCUCUCUUCUACCACUCUUCUGUCAUUGGACCUUCUCUUUCACUCUCUCUCUCUCUCUCUCCCUCCGAUAUGGUCUUCUCUCAGUCUCUGGUCUUCGUUCUCUUGAAUCGAACCACCCACCGACAUUUGACCGCCCGAGUUAAACCGAACCACGCUGAGAUGGACCUGUUAUAGUUUAUUUAUAUCGUGGUCGAACCCAAUCUAACCAAACAAAAGCGAAUCAAACCGAUGAUCCGCUCGUCCACAGUACACUGCUUCUUCCCCUCUCCUUUGGCCCCUCUCUCCCUUCGCCUCAGAAGCGAUCGCUGGUGAGGGCGCGCUUUCUCGAGCUACGGCCUCGGCGUGAGUCCCCCUACCACUCCGACGAACACGGAUGUGCGGUAGAUCUGCCCUCGUCUGUCUGUAUCUCCACCCAAGGUAUCUUGCUUUCUGAUUAUUGAAGUAAAGCUGGGUGCCCUCAAGAGUUUAGCCACAUAGCUAUGUGUGUCAGGAGUUGCCAUUAAAUAUGGACUUACUGUUCAAUGGAAAGGAUAUUUCUCCUAAAUUUAGUAUGCUAUCAGUGUGUAUAGCUUCAUCCAUCCAGAUUAUUAGCUAGUCAAGCCAAUUGUAAUCUGGAAUCGAAAUUUGUAUAAAUAACCAGCAGGCAUAAUGAUCAGCAAACAACUUCUGCUGACUUACCUUUAUCUCCUUAUUUACAUUUGUCUCUCAUCAGGGGUUAUCUUGUAUAACAAGUGGGUACUAUCUCCAAAGCAUUUCAAGUUUCCUUUUCCCAUAACUUUAACUAUGAUUCACAUGGGAUUUUCUGGUGUGGUGGCAUUCUUUCUUGUUCGUGUUUUUAAGGUUGUUGCACCUGUUAAGAUGACUUUUCAGAUAUAUGCAACUUGUGUGAUUCCUAUUAGUGCGUUCUUUGCAUCAAGUCUAUGGUUUGGCAACACUGCUUAUUUGCAUAUUUCAGUUGCUUUUAUUCAGAUGCUCAAGGCCUUAAUGCCUGUUGCAACAUUUCUCAUGGCUGUUACCUGCGGCACUGACAAAUUGAGGUGUGAUGUUUUCUUGAACAUGGUGCUGGUCAGUGUUGGGGUUGCAAUUUCAUCCUAUGGUGAGAUCAAUUUUAAUGUAAUUGGAAUGGCUUACCAGGUUACUGGUAUAUUCGCAGAAGCUUUAAGGCUGGUUUUGACUCAGGUCCUUCUUCAGAAAAAGGGCUUGAAUCUAAAUCCUGUUACCAGUCUAUAUUACAUAGCACCCUGCAGUUUUCUGUUUCUCUUUGUACCUUGGUAUGUAUUGGAGAAGCCAGGGAUGGAAAUAUCACAGAUCCAGUUUAAUUUCUGGAUAUUUUUCUCAAAUGCUCUCUGUGCGUUGGCCUUAAACUUCUCGAUAUUUCUAGUAAUUGGUAGAACUGGAGCAGUGACCAUUCGAGUUGCUGGUGUUCUGAAAGACUGGAUAUUAAUUGCCCUUUCGACAAUUAUCUUUCCUGAAUCAACAAUAACUGGUCUUAAUAUAAUUGGUUAUGCCAUUGCUCUUUGUGGUGUUGUCAUGUACAACUACUUGAAGGUCAGGGAUGUUAGAGCAUCAAACCAAUUGCCGACAGAGAGCAUUCCCGAAAGGGCCACAAAGGAGUGGAAGCUGGACAAGAAGUCAGAUUUAUACAGUGACAGUAGUAACAACGGCAGAAACAUAGCAAGUGAUGCAGGAGUCACUGCUUCAGAUUCAUUUUCUGUGGAUGAAGAAGCUCCCCUCCUUCAGGCCUCGAGGGUUCCUGGUUUGAAGUCAACUUAGUAGCCAUAAUGAGUACCCGAAUGUGUUGAUAGUGCCAUGAUUUCUUAAUUACCAGUUUUGCGGAUAUGGAUAGUGUUGCUUUGAUUAUCUCACUUUUUACAGAGAGAACAACUACAGGUGCUCCCGAUGAGAGAUAUCGUAGCAUGUACCUUGAUCAUUCAUAAAAACGUAUUUUUAGAAAUUCUGCUCAAAGUAAAUUUAGUUGGUGGGGGAGGAGACUUGGGUCUACUGUUGACAAAGCAGGCUGCUUUGUCGAGGAUAAUGCAGCUUCACUUGUGUUGUCUAGCAUGUACUAUGCUUCUUACAAGUGCCUACCAUUUGCAAAACUUAAACUCACAAUUUUCUUAAUUUAUGUGAACUGAAUAUAAGGGUUUUACAUGAAUGGAAAUUACAUGGUGUUCGUGUGCUA